UUGGGGGGCGCGGCUGUCGGUGGAACGGCGUCUCAGUGAGCUCCGGCUCUGGAAGGGCUUGGGGGUCUUUCUGUUGCAGCGGCGGGUUCGAGGUAUCCUUUAGCUACCCCGCUCCGCCCCGCCUUGGGCCCCGUCCAACUCGGGUUACCUCAGAAUCUCCCCAAAGCAGCGGGUGGGCGCGGGACGCCCCGACCCCCUAGCUACCGGGGUCUACCCGCAUCCACUCCGCCGCGAGCCCCGGAGCUAACCGUGAAUGAAGCUUGGCUCCGGAGAGGAGGCCCUUCCCUCCCCUGCAUUAACCCCGAGAUGGAGGAGGGAAUCCCGAAGGAGCCCGGGCCCCCGGCUCCCCACGAGGCUUCCCCCGAGCCGGAGAGCGGGCAUGACCCCACCCUAGCGGCCGAGAAAGGUGCGGCGUCCCCAAAUGACUCGGAGGCUGCCCUGCCCAAGCCCGAAAAAGAAGCCAAGAACGGGGCGCCCAAGAAGCUCUGCGGGUACUUGCUUAAAUUCGGCGGCAAAGGGCCCAUCAAGGGCUGGAAAUCCCGCUGGUUCUUCUACGAGGAGAGAAAGUGCCACCUGAAUUACUCCCGGACAGCCCAGGAUGCUAAUCCCCUGGGGAGCAUCGACCUUGCCACUGCUACCUUUGAUUGCAAAGUGGAAGCGGAGGAAGGCACUUUUGAGAUCAAAACUCCCAAUCGAGUUUUUACCCUGAAGGCCGUCAACAAACAAACCAUGAUGUACUGGUUGCAGCAGCUUCAGUUGAAGCGUUGGAAAUAUAAUAACAACCAGCCUGGAAUCCUGGUCUCAGGGAUCACAGAUGAAGCUUUGCCUGGGAAUGCUUCUCCCCUGCACAUCACACUAGAACUAGAUAAUGCAGAAACUGAUGAAUUUUUCUGUCCUAUGAAAACACCACCUGGGCUGGUAGGCAUAGCAGCUGCUUCUCAACCUGUUCCAGAGAUGCCCACUACCCUCCAGAAUAUUUCCCUCAAACACCUAGGAACUGAAAUACAAAAUACAGUGCAUAACAUUUGUAGCAACAAGCAGUCCAAGGGAAAUGGCCGUGUUUCCCAAGGAGAUGAAUCCCAUAAGUUUGGAGAGAAUCAGAAUGAGGAACACCACCUACAAGCAGACCCAGGGCUAAAUGGAAAAGAAACAGAGGAACAUUCAAGAUUGACACAGAAGUUGGGUCUGACAGCAAAUUUCAUUCAGAGAGCCAAAAAGCAGAACAGCAACUUCUUUGCUGAAGGCUUUCAUGAAAAACAUAUUCAAGAUAAAGUUAGGACCCUUGAACAACAGGUUCUGAGACUUACAGAGGAUUUAAAGUCUCAAAAACAACUUGUGAAGAUUCUGCAUAAAGCUCUUGAAGCAGCCCAACAAGAAAAGCGGGCAUGUAGCAGUUACCUCACAGCUGCUGAAGAUCAAGACCGUCUAGAGCUGGUUCGGCACAAGGUGAGACAAAUUGCUGAGCUCAAAAAGCAUGUGGAAAGCCUCCAACAAGACAAGAAGGCCCUUGAGGAGACCCUGGGCCUGAGGGAGGAACACAUUAAGGAACUACAGCAGCAUGUCCAACUAUUAAUGGACAAGAACCAUGCUAAGCAGCAGGUUAUCUUCAAGCUCACAGAGAAAGUGACCAAGGAUUUCAUGGAUCCACCAAAGAUGGAAGAUGAGCUUGACCCUGGAACCUUCUUAAAUCCUCAAGAAAAGGUGGAGCAUUUGAAGGAUGACAUAGAAGCUUACAAGACUCAGAACCGAUUCCUAAACUCUGAAAUCCACCAGGUCACAAAGAUCUGGAGAAAUGCUGCUGAGAAGGAAAAACUCCUUUUGAUGAAGUGUGCAUAUCUCCAAGCAAAGAAUUGUCAAAUUGAAAGCAAAUACCUCUCAGUGCUGCGGAAGCUACAAGACACAUUGCCCAGUGAGGAUGGCAAAUCUGGGGAGUUGUUAAAGAAGUUGAUUCACGAAGCUCUACAGUGGGAUGUAAAGGAGGGAGCAGCGGACUCCAUGAAAUUGAAUCCUAUCAGUGAAUAUGAUAAUUAUGGAUUCAUGACUGUCCCUGAUUAUGAAGUUGAGGACUUAAAACUUCUGGCAAAAAUCCAGGCUCUAGAGAUAAGAUCAAAUAAUCUCUUGAACCAUGAGGCAGUAGAGAAACCUCUGCGUGAGAAAUGGAAUAGUAUUGGGGAACUUACUCCUUCUGCAGAACUGAAGCAUCUGAUCCGGAGUGGCAUCCCCCCAGAGCACCGCCAGCGGGUUUGGAAGUGGAUGAUAAGCCUCCGAGUCAGGUCCAUGCAAUCACCCCACCAUUACAACUUUCUGCUUGAAAAGUGCGAAACCAUGGAGCACCCAGCCUCUCGGCAGAUUGAAUUAGACUUAACUCGUACCUUAACGAACAACAAACACUUUACGAGCCCCACUUCUAAAUUUAUCUCCAAACUCCGGAGAGUACUACUUGCAUUCUCCUGGCAAAACCCUACCAUUGGCUAUUGUCAAGGGCUGAACAGAUUGGCAGCCAUUGCUCUAUUAAUUUUAGAAGAGGAAGAAAGUGCUUUCUGGUGCCUAGUUUGUAUUGUUGAAACCAUAAUGCCAGAAGAAUACUACAGCAAAACUUUAAUAGCAUCUCAGGUAGAUCAAAGGGUUCUCCAAGAUUUUUUAUCAGAGAAACUUCCCAAACUGAUGGCCCACUUGGAGCAGCACAAAAUCGAUCUGUCACUGAUCACCUUCAACUGGUUCCUUGUGAUUUUUGUGGACAACCUCAUCAGUGACAUACUCCUUAGAGUCUGGGAUGCCUUCCUGUAUGAAGGAAUUAAGGUGAUAUUCCGAUAUGCCCUUGCUAUAUUUAAGUACAAUGAAGAGGCAAUAUUGAGGAUUCAUGACAGCCUUGAGAUCUACCAGUAUUUUCAAAUCUUCACUAAAACAAUAUGCGAUGGCCGUAAACUGAUGAAUAUUGCUUUCACUGACAUGAACCCCUUUCCCAUGAAGCAACUCAGAAACCGGCGGGCCGUGCACAGGGAGAAACUUGAGGCUGAACUGCAGGAGCUGGAGCACAUAAAAGCAAUAUUUCUCAGAGAGAAAGCCAUGAAGAUCGAAUCACUGGAAGAUGCCACGAGUGAGGAUGAGGAAGAGGCUUACGCAGGAGUUCCCUGAUCCACUCAUCUUCUGCCUUGGCAGUUUGGGGGAUUGUCAAUGGAUGUUUGGGUUUUUAUCUUUUUCUUUCUUAAAGCUCUUUAUGAUCUAACCAAAAAUGCAUCUUUAAAAAUAGCACCAAAGGAGGGAUGAGACUGAAGGCAUUUGAAUCCAGGGGGUGGGGGGUGCCAGAAAUAUUUUCUCACGGACAUGUGCCCAGCCCUGUGGAGCAGGAGCCAAGCCUCUCUUUUCUGACUCAGUCUUGCCUCAAUUUUCUUUUCUUCUGCCCCUUAGGGUCCUUCCACUUUCUACUCCCCAGUCUGUGUCAUAGAAAAUAACCCAGGAGCACUCAGACUCCUUGUUAUCCAGAAGAACAAACUGAGACCCAGAAAGGUACAAGAGCCACACAAGGAAUGAACUGCAAAUCUGAUACUUUUCUCCAGAUAAUUCAGAUCCAACACUGACACUGGUGUGUGUGCCUGAGCAAGUCACAUAGCCUCUCUCAGCUUCAGUUUCCUCAUCUGUAAAAAGGAAAUAAUAACAAUAGUAAUAGCAUCAGUGUCUCAGGGAUUGUUGUGAGGAUCAAAUAAGAUAAUAGCACUGCAAAUUCUUAAAGUGCUAUGAAAAUAAAUGCUAGCUGUUAUUAUGGUACUGUGCAGUUAUUGUUUUUAAACUACUAGACCUGCUUUCAUCAUCCAGUUAAGCAUGUUUUCUGUCCUUAUCUCUCCAUGUUUAAUCAAAACCCAGAGCAAAGAUCCCAGGAAAUAACACCUUAUUGAAACCUCAUCCUUAACUUUAUUCUCUGUUCCUUGUCCAUAUCUGAGGACUUGAAAGUGAUAUGGGCCAUAUGGAAGAGAGUUUAUUCUAUGGCAGGUAAAGCAAUUUCUUGUCUUCCUACCCCUGCCAUAAAGUGAAGUUUAAUAUCACCUGAAAGGAUUUUGUACAAAAGUUAGUAGGUAACCUACAUUUUAUAUCUUAUGUGAUAUAUCUAUUUUGAUUUCUCCAGUUCAAAAGCUUCAAAUGAUAGCUUAGUAAUCCUUUGCCUUUUUAAAAAUUGACUUCUCUUAGGUGAGGAGAAAUACAAGCAAAUUUGCAGUUAAUGUGUUUAAUGGAGAAGUGCACUUCUUACAAACAGCUCACCAAAAUGAUUCUAGAGAAUAGAUUUUACUGGGUACUUCAGUUUCCCUUUUUCUCUGACAAGGAAAGAGCUUUGUAAAACUGUUGGCUGGGAUAUAUUUUCUGCUCCCUUCAAAUUGUAUCAAAAUCAUUUAUUCAUACUAAGAAUCUCUAUCUAUACAGAAUAUUAUGACUCAAAUCUCUCAGUCUAGUCCAUAUUACUCUUCCAUAAGACAUUGUUAGAGUAUAUUCUAGCUAUGAAGCUUAAACUAUUGACAGAGUAAGCCAGGUAAAAUAGUCUUUGUUAAAGAUUUUAUUAGUUUGGAAGGGAAAUGGGGUGUCAUAAGGAGGAAGAGGAAAUUAGCACCCCAUUAUCAGAAGCAGGAAGUAGUGUUUUUCCUCCAUCUAGACUGGCUUCUCACUCCUGACUGUUCUGCCUCAGAACAUCUUCUGUUGCUUGGGAGCUUCUAGGCAAAGUUAAACUUCCCAGAAAAUGACAAUAAUGAUUCAUUAGGAGAGCCCCUCCUAAGUCUUCACUAACCUGUUCCUCAACUUAUACCACAUAGCAUCAUUGGGGUUCUCUGUUUGGAAGGAGGAAUGUGUGGCAGACAUCAAUCCCGCUGGUUCAAUCAAGAGAGACCCCCAAACAUAGCAUAGGACACUGGAGCAGGCACAGUCUGUUCAGUCUGGUAAAUGAGAUUAAUGAUGCUGUCCUGCUUACCUGACAGGGUGAUUGUGAGGGACAAAUGAUAUAGUAGAUGCACCUUGUAACUAAGGUCUUCUUCAUGCAGCCAAGGGCCUGGUUAGUUCAAGAACAAUUUGCUGAUAUUUUGCCCUUCUAACAUGUCCAUCACCUAAAACAAAAAUUAGAGAAGCUCAUCCUUUCUUAUCUCCCUAGAAGAGGGCUUUUGUUCUCUAAUGGCUGAACUGACUCUGCCUGUAGAUUCUCAUAGUCUCUUUGAUCACUUUAUUCUGGAAUUCCCGCCAAACUUUGUCAACCUUAACUAAAAAGUUCAGGGACAGAAGAAAGUACUAAGGAUAUGAUAUAACCAUUGGAAUCUCUCACAAAGAGCUAGCAGGAACUUUGGGAGGUGACAGUGGAGUUUUUUUUCAUAAAUCAUUUCAACACAUGAAUUGAUGCAUAUAGUCUAUAGACUUCUAAAAAUCUUGUUUUCUGCAGAAUAGAAAUAGCAAGUGGGUCAUGGAAAGACUUAUUGUUGCCAAAAAGUACAAUGCUUUUCCCAAAAUUUGAAAAGAGUUACAGUAUAAAAAAAUAAGCUAUGCAAUAUGACUUUAAAAUUGCAGGUCUGAAAGGAUUCUGUUGUUCCUCUAUCUAUAGAUAACACCUCACAGAAAUUAUCCUAGGGUAAAAUAUCAUCUGAUCUUUAUGAAAAAUUAAAAAGAUAUUUUAUUUUGGCUUAAAAUAGUACUCAUAUAAUAAUGAUUAUUUAUUGAUCAUUCACUUAAGUGUCUGUGAAUCAUUAUGCUACAUUUUGGGGAAAAUGCAAAUAUAGUUAAAUAUCAUUAUAUGGAAAUUUUAAUGAUAAAAUGCAUCAUAUCUCAUAGCUUUAUUUGCCAGAUCAGGGACUCUUUCUUAUUUAAUUUUUGUAUCUUCACCAGCACUUAAUAAUAGUCCUGUGCACAUAAUAGGAAAUUAACUUCUCUCCAAAUGGAGCUGAGAUUUGUCAUAAACUUAGAAACAUAUAAUAAAUAUAGAAUAGUUAAUCAGCACAAAUGUAAAAGGAAAUAAUACAUAUUUAUUACUUCAAAAGAUCUGAAAUUUUAUUAUUAUGGGUACUCUCUUCAUUAACAUGGACAACAACCCCUCCUUCCACAUUGAGUUGCUAGUAUUAAAAAAAGACAUCACUUAUCACUUGGUAGUCAUCCUUUCGGGUAUUUCUCUCUGCACUUAGUGAGCCUUGGCCUAGGACAUUAAUGCAUUACCAAUUCCAUUCAUACCUAAGGAUUUUUUAGCUUUGUAGGAGCUGUCAAACUGUGCCUAUCAUUAAAGGAUACCUUUUUUUUCAGCUCUAUUUUUCUAUUUAGUAGACUUAAAGAAAACACAUUUAUAGUAUAUUCAAUGUUUUUAAAACUGAUUUGUAUACAGUUCUUUACACAAAUGUUUACAUUACACAUUAAGAGUUUAAAAGGAAGAUAUUAUAGUAUUUGUUAUAAAAUAAAGCAUAGCAAAUGUUUUCAUGAUCAUUUUAUGUUCACCAAAACUAAUAAAGUGGUAAAAUAAAAGGAAACAUUUUGUGACA